GUAGGCGCGGCCAUAUUGAUCACGUGACCUGUCCGCCAUUGCAACAGUGAUCAAACGUGACAAAUGUACAAUCGAGGAGGCAGCGAAGCGUGUGCUGUUGUUGGGUGCUCCAACAACCGUAAAAAAAUACAUGUUUGGAAAAAGGCGAUGUGCGAGGGUCAUGGAAUUAUUCACGAAGACUGUCCGUGUUGUGUUCCAUAUAGCCUACCCAAAUUACCCUUGGACGAGGAAGUGAAGCGGGAAUGGGUGGCGGCCCUACAUCGGAAAGAUCUUCCAAAGAAUGUGCGUGUGUCACUGUGCUCUCAAUAUGUCAUCGAUGGCCGCCCGACAGAGCAAAACCCAACUCCAAAGAUUAACCUUGUGAAAAGUGUCCAAGUGACCCGGCCUGCAUGGACCAGAAUGGGGAAGCGGAUGGAGGGAAGGAGAACGGAGCGGCCCCGGCGCAUGUGGUGCUCUCAACGGAGGGGAUGGACAUGGAGGAGUCUGCACAGGAACACCACCCGCCGAUGGAGACACUCAUCUACAAAAUUCGUGACAAUCCUCCCAUGCACCUAACUAUUCUCUUCGCUUUUCAGCAAGCCCUACUUUCCCUGGCGAACCAGUUGGCGUUGUCCCUGAUGGUGGCACAGGCAGUAUGUGGUGAUAAUAGCGCGUGGUUCAAAACCCAGCUUCUCAGCUCGACGCUGUUCAUGGAUGGCAUUACGACUAUACUUAUGGUUUUAUUCGGCGUCAGGUUGCCGUUGUUUCAAGGUGCCGCUUUUGAGUAUGUUGUACCGUUGUUGGCCCUUCAAACGUUGGAUCCGGACAGAUGUCAUAUCGUCCAAGUAUCAGAACAGACCGUUUUUAAUGAGAUGACAGGCCAGAACGCGACUGUCUUGGUCAACACGACAAUGGACGCGGACCAGGUCAUCCUGACUAACACGCAAAGUCUGAUGGGAAGUCUGAUGGUGGCGGGUUUUAUCCACUUCCUGAUAGGGGCCACUGGACUGGUCGGCUUUCUACUUCGCUUUGUGGGCCCUGUGACUAUUGUACCAACUAUACUCCUUAUAGGGUUGUACAUGACCAGGACGGCCGUCAAGUUUAUAGAGGUUCACUGGGGUAUAGGGCUUAUGACGACAGCUAUAUCCCUGCUUUUGUCCCUCUAUCUUGGACGAUUUAAACUGCCAAUUCCGGUCUGGACUCGGAAACGAAGCUGUCACGUGAUCAGAUAUCCUCUUCACCAAGUAUUUGCUCUUCUGAUCGGUAUGAUGGUGGGCUGGGCGGUCAGUGGAGUGUUCACGGCCUGUGGACUGUUCAGUGAUGACCCUAAUGACCUUCAGUAUAAGGCCCGUACCGAUAUUAACCAUGAUAUCGUCACUAACGCUAGCUGGUUCUACUUCCCACAUCCAGGACAGUUUGGCCUCCCCGGCUUCAACGUCAGUGUGUUUGCCGGUUUUAUGCUGGCUACUGUGAUUUCUAUCUUGGACUCCAUUGGGGAUUAUUACGCUUGCGCAAAGACGUGCAACGCUCCACCACCUCCAUCACACGCCAUCAACAGGGGCAUCGCGGUGGAGGGUCUGUGUACGUUAAUAUCUGGAGUGGUCGGAUGUGGUCACGCCACUUCAACGUACGGCGGCAACGUGGGCGCCAUCGGCAUCACAAAGGUUGGAAGCAGGCAGGUGUUCCUUCUCACCGGUAUAAUCUACAUCGUCUUCGGUUUGAUAGGGAAGUUUUCAGCUGUCUUCAUCACCAUUCCUUACCCCGUUCUAGGGGGCGCUCUAGUUGUCAUGUUCGGAAUGUUUAUUGGUGUGGUUUUGUCCAAUCUCCAGUACGUUAGUCUUACGUCCACUCGGAACAUUGCUAUCAUCGGAACCUCCAUAUUGUUUGGUCUCAUGGUACCUUAUUGGGUGGAACAAAACCCCAACGGAAUAGAUACAGGUAACCCCGACACAGACCGUGUGCUGAGAGUGAUCCUUGGUAACGCUAACUUCGCGGGAGCCGUGUUGGCGUGUUUCCUUGACAACACUAUUCCAGCCACGAAAGAAGAAAGGGGGAUCACCGCGUGGCAGAACGUGGUAAAGCAUAAAGCUAAAGAGGAUCCACACCAAGGCAAGGAGGAAAUAUAUGAGGAAUCUAUAGACAUUUACGAACCAUUGCUUCCAAAGGCGUGGAGAAAACAUUAUAUUCUCAAAUACAUACCAUUUUUACCGGAUCCUGACGAAUACAACAUUGUCAGUGAUUGUGCCUGUUCGUCUCCGACAAAGUGCUCCUGUAAAGACAUUAAGUUGGAGACGGCCUCGUUAUGAGGGUACACUUCUACUUUAGGGAUCCCGUAAACUCAUUUAGAUUGUAUACCAUAUCAUCGAACGCCAAAAGUUGUUUUUAUUUAUUUAAAUCAUUAAUCAAAAUUGGAUAUUUAUUAAAUGUAAUAUUUACCAAAACAAAUUAAAUCCGAAAUCGGUAUUUGAAUAAUGUAUGAGAUUAGAUUUUAUAUUUGUCAAGAUGAUCUUAACUUAACAUUCGGUUAACUGUUUAACUAAACAGACGUCAAUUAGCUUAUUUUAAUUUAUAUCUGGAUCCGAAACCUGCUGAAACGAUUCAUUCCGUUCAAACGUUUCUUAUUUUAGAACAUAUGUUUAUAAUGUUUGCUCGACUCUGGGGCCAUUUUAUUAGAAUCGGUUGAUAAGUUGUUAUUGUUAUCAUAUCCUUUGACUGAUUGUGUUCGAAUGAUUUUACUUUUGACAAGUAUUAAGAAUUGAGUGUGUUCAGUUGGCUGUAAUUUCAACAUACACCAAGGAAUAAGUGUGUUGUUGGGGAUACAACCUCUAACGAGUUUGUUUUGCAAGGGAGGAAUUUGGAAGUAAUCAUGCUAAUACAACAUAGUCAUUAACUUGACAUUCAUAAAUCAACAGUAAAUUUGAAUGUAACUGAAACUUGUAGCACUUUCUUUGUGUGAAAUGUUUCCAAUAUAUAGGUUUGCUAAUGUGAUUCAUGUAAACAAAGCGAGUUGUCAGAACGCUCGUCAAUAUCAUCUCUAUAUGGUACUUCUUACUAUAACAUUUUACCUUAUUGUAGAUGGUUCCCUAGAGAAAACACAAAAUGCUCUUACAAAAAUCAAAAUCAUGCAAUCAUAAUCGAAAUAUCUCAAAAUAUUAUAGAAUACGUAAACGUAAUUGUGUUGACAACAUUACAUAAAUGCAUUUAAUUACAGCUUGUUAAGUUGGCCUUGUUACAUUGUGAUUAGUUGUGUUUAUAACAUCACAUUAUGUUGAUAGUUUUGGUUUGCUUAACUAUUCGGUAGAUACCUAUGUUUUCCGAAAUAAACGAUUCAAGAUAUUCGGUUCUAGACAGGACAACAUCUACAUGUAUUACCCGGAUCGGUCUGCUUCCAAAAUAAUUACAUGUAUGUUAGAUCACUAACCAAGUGCGUUUUUGUAUAGAAUUAGUAUCAACACUCAAAUACCAAUUACUGUUCUAUUUACUUUCGUAGCAUUAUUAUUUAUAGCACUUCAGAAAGCAAUUCCUUGUCACAUUCCUCUAGAGGGUAAAUGUUAAAGGAAGCCGUUUAUUAAAGGUUGAUAUGCAUUCCUUUAGAAGAAGUGGGUUAUUGGGUCCUCAAAAAGGUUGCAGGUUUAGCAACCCCUGUACAUGAUGAUAGUUUUGCAGAUGUAAAAAUGCUGGGUUUUGUUAAACAUAUUAUUGUGUCUGCAAUCCAUAUCAAAUAUUGGGUUAUGUUAUCAUUAUUAAAUACUGGGUUCUGUAAUCCUAAUAAAGUACUGGGUUAUGAAAUCCAUAUUAAUUACUGGGUUCGGUAAACCAUAUUUAUUACAGGGUUCGAUAAUCCUUAUUAAUUACUGGGUUCUGUAAUUCUUAUUAAAUACUGGGUUCUGUAAUCCAUGUUGAUUACUGGGUUCUGUAAUCCAUAUUAAAUACUCGGUUAUGUAAUCCUUAUUAAAUACUGGGUUCUGCAAUCCUUAUUAAAUACUGGGUUAUGUAAUCCUUAUUAAUUACUGGGUUCUUCAAUCCUUAUUAAAUACUCGGUUCGGUAACCAUAUGUAUUACAGGGUUCGGUAAUCCUUAUUAAAUACUGGGUUCUGCAAUCCUUAUUAAAUACUGGGUUCGGUAACCAUAUUUAUUACAGGGUUCGGUAAUCCUUAUUAAUUACUGGGUUCUGCAAUCCUUAUUAAAUACUGGGUUAUGUAAUCCUUAUUAAUUACUGGGUUCUGCAAUCCUUAUUAAAUACUGGGUUCGGUAACCAUAUUUAUUACAGGGUUCGGUAAUCCUUAUUUAAUACUGGGUUCUGCAAUCCAUAUAAAAUACUAGGUCCUGCGAUGCUGAUAAAAUACAUGGUUCGGAAAUCAACAUCCAAUACUUGAUCCUGUGAUCCUUAUAAAAAACUGGUUUCUGUAAUCCAUGUAAACGUUGUUGGUCAUUUGAUCCCUAUAAAAUACUGAGAUCUGUGAUCCCUUUAAAAUGGGUUUUAUAAUCCAUAUACUGGAGCUUUUUUUCAGUAAUUAGAUCUGGAAUAUGUUCCCAUUUUGUCUACUCGCAUUGUGUAUUUGAUUUCUCGUGUCGUGCUAUGAUAUUAUGUAUAUUUUGCUGAUAUAUUGAAAAUGCUUUUUGUUUAGUUUUUAACAUUUUUAUAUGUCUGUUAAUAUUUUUCUUUAGAGAAACUUUUAUUAACUGGUAACAGUUAAUACAUCAUUCGCAUAGUACUGCAGUACACAGACCAGUAUACAAUUUACUAAUUAGUCACGAAAAACAAACAAGUACACACUGUUCUAAAUAUACACACUAUUCUAAAUAUAUACUCUGUUCUUAAUAUACACACUGUUCUAAAUAUACACACUGUCCUAAAUAUUCACACUGUUCUGAAUAUACACACUGUUCUUAAUAUACACACUGUUCUAAAUAUAAACACUAUUCUUAAUAUACACUCUGUUUUAAAUAUAUACACUAUUCUAAAUAUACAAACUGUUUUAAAUAUAUACUCUGUUCUUAAUAUACACACUGUUCUAAAUAU